AUGGACAUCGACCCCGAACUCAGAGAGGACACACCUGCUUCCGAGGCUAGGAGAUCGUCGACAGUUCGUCCCUCUUCCUCGCCGGAUCAGGUUCCCCUCCCUGCUUCCCCGGCCGCCAACAACAUCCGCCCUGCCCGGGUCUUCGUCAACAUUCAGCCUGCCCCGCCCGCCAAUGACAUCAGCAUCUAUCACGUCCUGGGAGACGACCGGGAUCUACUCCCGUCGAUGUACGCCAAUGUCUACCAAGUGGACAUGCCGCCCAGACUGCAGGCUGUGGAGGCUCCGUGGUACCCCUUCCACCCGCGGCUCACUGCUGAACCCAGAAACUACCGCACGGAAGGCAACGUGGCAGAGAGGGACAGAAUCCUUCCGGAGCUUGACAACGUCUGGCAUGGGAUGCAGAAAUAUGGGUAUGCGUGGUCAAUAGUAGAAGAUCCAGUUCAGAGGCAAAACCUUCUCGAUCGCGCAGGGACGCUACCUCCUCCUCUUCCGAAGAUAAAGGACUUCAGGGGCGACAACAGCCAACGCCAGCGACCGCCUGCUCCCGUUCUUCAAGGCCCGAGAUAUUAUCAAGUACCCGCUCCCGUUGUGUAUACCGACUUCAGCCCGAGGUACGAAGUAUCCCGCCAUGGAGGUAUCAAUGGUCAAGUGUAUCAAGACCGCGCGGAUUAUCAACCACCCUACGGCACUGUAUACCCCGUCUACGACCGUGGUCACCAAGUGCCUAACUACGGCGAGGGUAGCAGUGGUCAGAAUCCUGUGGCAUAUGCACAGGGCGUCAAUCGAGACCAGGGGUCUUAUUCGGCAGCCGAUGUGCCUUUGCAACACGUGCAGCCACGGCAGCCGAGCUCCGACGUGCAACGAUGGCACCAAUGA